CGCCCUCCUCGUCCCGUCGCCCUCUCGCCCAAGAUGGUCCGCCUCAUCACGCAGAACCUCCUGUCGUGCCCGUCGCGCGCGUGCGCGUACCCGACCAACUUUCCCCUCACGUUCCGCAACGUCGCCAAGCUCGAGAUGGUCGACGCCGAGUUCAGCGAGGAGUUCAUCCGCGGCGUCUUGAGCCGGCUCGAGUGGGCAGCUCUCAGGAAGAGCGCGGCAGAGCUCGGCAACACGGACUUGCCCGAACAAUCGCCCGACCUGACGCAGCCGGAGAGCCUCUCGCUCGACCUCCUCAAGACGCUGCACCACGUCCUGCUCGAGAUUGUGGUUGCCGACGGCGAGAUGGUGUGCCCGCAGUGCGAGCACGUGUUCCGCAUCAAGGACACGAUUCCCAACAUGCUCCUGGCCGAGCACGAGAUCCGCAAGUAGUCGAGCGAGGCAGGUUGGGCUCGGAGCGGCUCUCGUUGGCCGUGGCGUAGACGGGCGUUGUCCUUGUUGUAUUUCGUACGAGCGAGCAUCACUCUGGAGCGACAGUAGAGCUGCCUGGCGCGCAACGAUGAGCGAGUCUCAA